GAAACAACGUUUAUUAGCAAAUGUCGUUUGUUAAAGUUUUCAUGAUAAGCAUGAUUUAUUUACUCUAUCCGAAUGAAGAGAUAUCAUCGCAUUAUUAUGCAUAAUCUCUUAGUUUCUCCUCUAAAUCCAAAUAUAAAAAUAUAUUAUAAUAAUUUCAAUAUUAUCUUAUUUGGCUUACGCAUCAUUAAAGUAGUAUUAGUAAUACACUUUUAAUUUUACGUAAAAAAACUCGUAAAUAAUUUUUAAAAGUACAAAAUUUACACAUUGACGAGCAUUAAGAACAAGUAACGUUCAAAGAUUUACACUGUAUAUUUUUGUAUUUUUAGAACAUCAGAUGUUAUAUAACUUAACUUUUUCUGCUUUUUCGCACCUUUGAUUAUGUUGCGGCUAUAACCGCAUAUGACGAACAUCUCAAAAUAAUCCCCCUUAGCCAAAUACACUUGUGCCAACGUUUUUUUUCCAUUCUUCGAAACAAUUAGUCAAUUUCCGGAUAAGCCUUCAAUACGCGUAGGGAUUCACGUUUAAUGUCCUCAAGUGAUUCAAAACGGAUUACUCGGAGCAGUCAUUUUAGUUUUCUGAAUAGCCAGAAGUCAGGCGAAAACGGUGGUUGCGGCACGAUAUUAGUAGAAAAUUUGGCGAAAAAGUCAAGAAGAAUCUGUCCUUGUUGACAGUUAUCGCCUGCUAGUCGAAAAGCAUUGUUCCACAGACGUUAACUCGACGUUGUUUUUCGAAAAAAAUUCAGUCGUGUUUUCACUUAUAAUAGGCAACUGUGGUGGUACCCAACUCUUUUAUUUUAUUGACGUUUUGAUCAUCAAUUGAUGUUGAUGGCGGUCUUGGACGUGGUUUGUCGUCAACUCGUUUUCGACCGUCUUUGAGUAAUUUGUACCAAUCAGCGACAAACAAUUAUUACCAAAAGCCUUUUCCAAAAUUCUGAGGGUUUCGGCAUCGGAAAUUUGAUUUAGUACCCAAAAUUUAUUGGAACUUUUUUGUUGAAUAAUUUCACUCAUCGUAACAAUCGCCGAAUGCACUUUACACAUAUAAUUCAUACUAAACACUAAUGAUUAGUUUGAUGUGCCAUUUGGCAUAGAUGUCACUGACAACAUAGAAAAAAAUAUUUCGACGAAAUUUCAAUACACUAAUUUUUUACGUCAAAAAGUUUGCAACAUUUGGUUUUGUGAUUUCAUUAUCUCCUGAAUCUUAUUUAGCAUUGAAGUCAUAGAUUGCGUCAUACAUUGGGUAAGGUUGAAAAUCAUAGUUUCAACGCUUCCAUUUUGUUGGUUUUGGGGCAUUUGCAUUUGUGCAGUAUUGCUCUUUCACCACGUUUGCAUAGCCCCCUUGUGUAGCAUUGUUUUUAAGAUUAACUGGUUUUAAAAUAUGGACGGGGAUUUCAAUAUUUUCAUUAGGAGGAAUAUUCAACAUUUGGUUACGACGUGCUUGAAUGCAUUGUGACAACUUCGAUUUCAAAUCUUUAUAUACAGGGCAACCCCUGUAGUUAGCAGUGUGAUUUCCUUCACAACUGCUGCAUUUUUUAUUUAAAUCCUCUUUUUUAACAGAACAUUUUGAAGUAGGAUAUAGAUCACCACACACCACACAGACACUGCGUAGAGUGCAAUAUGCUUUCGUGUGUCCAUACUCUUGGCAGUUUGUACAUUGUAAUGGACCAUUUCUGUUAUAUGAUUCCUUAACGGUGAUUCUGCGAUUUAGCAGAUAUUUUAAAAUGUAAAGCAGGUGUAUUUCGUGUUUCUUUAGUUGGUUAGAAUUCGGGAUCAAUUCUAUUUCGAACAUUGGUUGUGGGACUUUGUUCCUGUUAAAAAUAUUUACUACUAAUAUAAUGCUAAAACCACCGAAGAUACUAUAACUUUUAUGACAACAACUAGGCCUUGAGCUCUUCAGUUGGUAAGAGUAGUAAUUCUUGUUAUUAUUUGAUAAAAAUUUUACAACAUCCGUGAAACUUUUUUCAGUGUGUGUUUGAAUUUUUGUUUCAUCGAUGUUACCUUUUUUCAAGGGCACAAUGUGAAGAUUUUUUGUGCUUAUCAUAUUGCUUAUUUUUGAAACAAGCGCAUUUGAUCUACGCUCACGCAAAUAUAUUGGAGGCGGUUUGGCAUUCACGACUGUGGUAGUACCCUUUGCAUCGUCGUUAGGCUCUUUGCUGAGUAAGUCAAAUCUGUUGCCAUCCAGAAUUUCUGGCUUAUUACCAUUUGGUGUUCCUGGUAGAAAUUUUUUGGUAUUGACCGCUGAUUUAAUAGGACUCGAUUUGCUUUUUACAUUAAUGUAGCGAUCAAUACCAGUCUGAACUGAUAACCCUUUUUUCCUGGUACAUUCUCACCUUGCAUUUUGUUUGCUUCGCUGUCCGGGUGAUUGCUGAUACCUGCAUAGGGCUGCUGUCAGUGGAUUUGUUGUUGCCCGAUUGCUGUCUACUGCUGAUUUUGCUGACAGCGAACUUUGCUUACUUUCCUUUUCAGCUGAUCGCUACGAUGACUCAUCAUCGCCGUUAAUUUUUUUUUUUGCCAGGCGUUGUUUCUGUCGGCUCGACAAAGCUGAAGUAGGCAUUUAAGGAAUGCCUACGGCCUUGCUGUUGAGGCUGCGAAGCACUCAUUAUUGUUUUUGGUUUUUUUUAUCUAUUUGUUUUGUGCACUAUUUGUUUAUAUUAUUAUUAAUCCUCUACCGCAUGGCCAUCUUCUUUAUGAAAAAAAAAUAAAAUAAAACUCCACUAAUAUACGUUUAUUUUGAAUCCUUUUACAUAUAUUUGUAGAAAAAAAUAUUUUACAAUGCAUAUUUUAACAGAAAAUAAAAGCCGCCAUAUAUGGCUCUCUAUGCAUACAAAGUUGCUUGGAGUGUAUAGCUGAGAUCACACGAUUGAUCAAAUGUACCGAUUUUUGACAAAAUUUUUCUGUACAAAUUUGUACAAAAUAAAUUUUGUGUACCGAUACAAUUUUCAGUGUUCACACGAUUGGCGUACUUGAGCCAGAAUUUUUCUGUACUGAUUUGUACACUUCAAUAAUAUGACAGAUAUUUGUACAACCCUGUCACAUGGUUGGGCUUGUCAUUUUAAAUAAAAUAGGUAGCUGAUAAGCUUUGAAUACAUAAUUACAUAUAUUUGAACGUAAUUUUAUAAUUUUUAAAUAUAAUGAUUUCUUCAUCAAGAAAAAAGAAAAUAGUGGCAAUUAUGUGUAUUUGUGUACACCUAAUUAAUAAAAAGAAACAAAUAAAAGAAAAACGACCAUUGAAGAAGCGAAGUGUUUGGGUGCUAGAUUGGCUUCAGAAGAGAAGUACUGACGGCUCGUAUGCAAAAACUCUGCGCGAGUUUCGUGAAGUGAACAAUCAAAAAUAUUUGUUUAAAAAUUAUCUUCGCAUGAACGAAGCCACUUUUAAUUAUAUUCUUGAAUUAGUCUCUCCAAACAUAAAAAAAAGCGACACCAAUAUGCGCAAAGCAAUACCAGCCAAUGAACGUUUGGCGGUUACACUUCGCUACCUUGCCUCUGGAGACAGCUUCAAAAGUUUAUCUGUUGACUUUCGCAUUGCGCCGAAUACAAUAUUUAUAUUUGUGCCGGAGGUUUGCGAUGCAAUUUACAAAGCUUUGAAAAAUGAAUAUUUAAAGGUUCCAAACAACGAACAGAUGUGGAUUGACAUUGCCCAAAAAUUUAGUGAUAAAUGGAAUUUUCCCCAUUGUAUAGGCGCAGUUGACGGGAAACACAUUGUGAUGAAGGCUCCGCCGCGGUCCGGAAGUACCUUUUAUAAUUAUAAAGGUACUAAUAGUAUUGUACUUAUGGCCAUUGCGGAUGCGGACUACCGAUUUAUAUAUAUUGAUGUCGGGUGCAAUGGCAGAGUUUCGGACGGCGGCGUUUUUGGAAAGUCCACAUUUCAGAAAGCUUUGGACAAUAACACACUGAGAUUGCCUUUACCACAACCAUUGCUAAAUCGUGCUCGUGAUUGUCCAUACUUAUUAGUGGCGGAUGAUGCAUUCCGCAUGCAAAAGCACAUUUUAAAACCAUACCCUGGUAGAAAUUUAACUGCCGGUCAACGCAUAUUCAAUUACCGAUUGUCACGUGCUAGGCGCGUUGUCGAAAAUGCAUUUGGCAUUAUGGCAAAGCGGUUUCAAAUUUUAUAUCGACCAAUUCAACUGAAUGAGCAUAAAACGACCCAAAUAACACUGGCCUGCUGUGCCUUGCAUAAUUUUUUAAUUAAAAAAAAUGACAGUUAUAUGGCAGGUUUAACUACAGAUAGGAAUGAUCAACAAGACAAUUCAGUUCAUGAGCAAGGUACUCAAAAUUGCCAACAAGGAGCAGAGGAACGUCCAACGACAUACAUAACCAAUGAAGCCAAAGAAAUUCGUGAGGAGUUCGAACAAUAUUUUAUGACAGUCGCUGGAGAAAUACCAUUUCAAUAUAGAUGUUUAUGUUAAAUAAAAUUAAUGAUUUAAAUAUGUCUGUAACUUUAUUAAUAUAGAAGAAAAAACGAUUCAAUGAAAUAUCAAUCAUCAUUUAAUUCUGAAAGCGCAUCUAUAGUGCACUUCAUAAUAUUAAUUUCAAGUUUUUUUGCUGCUUUCUCAUUUUUUGCAUUCAUUUCACGCAUUUGCGACGCUAUGUACAUGCCGAAGGAAUACCACUUGUCCUCUUUUUCUGCAUACAACAAAUCUGUUGCGCGUUUUAAAAUAUCUUCUGGCGAAUUGGUUGCUGCAUCAGCUGGCGAUGAUGUUGAUGCGUUGGAUUGCACGUUGAUGGGUUGAAAAUGCGUGUUUGGUAAACUUUCGCUAUCAGGGCUUAUAUUUGAAACAGAUGAAGUCGUUUUUUCUUUGUCGUGGUUAUGAUAAAACUGCAUUGCAGUCCAAAAUUGCCAAUGAGGUUGUGAACUUGACGCACUCUGACCAGACAUUGCCUGUAAUUUUUUUUUUGUAUUAUUGUACGCUGUUUUCACAUUCGCCCACUUGGCUUUGCACUCAUCAACGCUACGGCUAUGACAGUUCGCUGCAACUUCUCUCCAUGCGUUCUCUCUCUUCUGUCAGUUUUUAUAGUCUGAUGAAGAAUAUUCCCACAGACAAGGAUGUUUUUCUGUUAUUUCCAUUAAAUUAAACACAUCUUCCGAGGACCAUGCCGCACAUUGGUAUAUCUGUGGCCGAAAUUCAAAAAUUUCAUGUUGUCUGAAUUGAAUAAAAAUUUCACAGUUUGUUACCAACUAUCUAUACAUUAUUUUCCCAAAGUAUUAGGAUUCUAUCUGCAUUAGUUUUUUGUCCAGAAAUACCCAAAGUUGGUGAAUGUAGAGAACAUCAAAAUUAGCAAAAAAUUUACUCAAAAGUCAAAUUAUUGAUACAAUAAAACAACUAUUGAAACUCAACUUUGUUAUUAUUUUUCAUUUAUAAUAUGUAUCAAAGAAAAAAUUUGCAUCAAAAUUCAUUAAAAAAAAUAAUGCAUAAAAAAUUUUGUGGAACAACAUAAUUUGGACGUCAAAAUUUCAAUGUUCUUCAAAUUCAAAGUGGUGCAUCUUUUUAGCGCUGUCUGCCGCUGUCGACAUACAUAUACCGAAUUAAAGCCUGAAGUCUCAGCUAAACGAUAAGAAAAAAUUCAGCUGCCCCAAAUUGCCCCCCUUGAAAAAACAAUGUCAGAA